UCAAGUUUCGAGCUUUAAUUUGUGAUUGGGUCACACACAACACAGUCUCUCUUUUUGAAAGUUUAUUAAGGAGGGCUAUUACAGACAAUCCCUGCUGAAGAUGAGAGUUGGAAAGAAAGAAGAGAGGAACCCAGAGAGAGAAAGAGAAAAGAAAGUGAGAGAAAGCUGAUAGCCAAAAAAAUAAAAAGCUGAAUGUUUAAAAGCAAGUUAAAAGAAAGCUGAGAGGAAACCGAAAGGAAGAAAGGAAGACCUUUUAUUUUUUUUCUCUCUUCUUCUUCUUCCCUCCUUCUCUAUGUUCUCCCUCCCUCCUAGCUAGGCUUUGUUUGUUCUAGCUAGCUCUUUCAUCUUCUCUUACUUUUGUUUCAGUUAAUUCUAUCACUAAGAUAGCCAUAUUGAUAAGGCUAUUACCACACAAGAUAUCAUACACAUCUCAAACACUAACCACAUAGAGUACCAUGAUGUUAGCCAAUAACUUAUCUCCAUCUUCAGUUCCCACUUCUGAUCCUUUUUCCUGCACUGAGAAUGGCACUUCUACUGCCAUCAAUAAAAGGAAGAGAAGGCCUGCAGGCACACCAGAUCCAGAUGCGGAGGUGGUGUCUCUCUCACCCAAGACACUACUGGAAUCGGAUCGCUACGUGUGCGAGAUCUGCAACCAGGGAUUCCAGAGGGACCAAAACCUGCAGAUGCACCGGCGGAGGCACAAGGUGCCGUGGAAGCUGCUGAAGAGGGAGACCCCGGUGGUGAGGAAGAGGGUGUUUGUGUGCCCAGAACCAACCUGCUUGCACCACGACCCGUGUCACGCGUUAGGUGAUCUCGUUGGGAUAAAGAAGCAUUUCAGAAGGAAACACAGCAAUCACAAGCAAUGGGUCUGUGAAAGAUGCUCCAAAGGCUAUGCAGUGCAGUCUGAUUACAAAGCCCAUCUCAAAACUUGUGGCACCAGAGGUCACUCCUGUGAUUGUGGCCGAGUUUUCUCAAGGGUGGAGAGCUUCAUUGAGCACCAAGAUGCUUGCAACAUGGGGAGGCUCCGCCCGGAAUCUCAGCCGCUUCAGCAACAACCUCCAGCUGCAUGCUUGUCUAGAACUGCUUCAAGCCCAAGUCCAUCCAGUGAAACAAACUUCAGCACAGGCCCUUGGCAAACCAGGCUUCAAGUAGUACCACCAAAGCCCAUUGAAGUACCUACCAUUUUCAUGAACCCUACUCCUAUCCAUCCUCCUCCUGAAACCUCUUCCAAAAACAACAACAAACUCCACCCUAAUUUGGAGCUUCAACUUCAACUCUCCACCACCAACAACAAAUCAUCAAACCCCAUUGAGCUACCUUCUCCAAAGAAUGAUCAAAACAUUAAGUAUUCAACUCAGCUUCAACUCUCAAUUGGGUCACCAAAUUCCAGAGAGAAAAAUGAAGCCAGCAAUAAUAGAAACCUAUCACCAAAGGAGAGCAGCAACAGCAAUCAUGAGAAGGAAAGGCCACUUGGUGGUGGUGGAGGUAGUGGUGGUGGUGGUGCAAACAUGGCUCUGAUGAGGAACAUUCAAGAGCAAGCAAGGGAGAACUUGAGGAUAGCCAUGGCUGAGAAAGCUUAUGCUGAGGAAGCAAGGAAACAAGCCAAGAGGCAAAUUGAAAUAGCUGAGCAAGAAUUCACAAACGCCAAGAGGAUAAGGCAACAAGCACAAGCUGAACUUGACAAAGCGUACAACUUGAAAGAACAUGCAAUGAAGCAAGUAAACUCCACCAUGAUGCAAAUCACUUGCCAUGCUUGCAGACAACAGUUUCAGGCAGCUCAAGAUCAUGAGAACUCCUUGGUGUUCAGCUACAUGUCUUCUGCCAUAACCACGGAAGGUGGCGAAGUAGAGAACGAUCAUCAUGGAAAAGAUAACUAACUACUCUCAGAUAUCUCCACCAUCAUCUUCUUUUCCAUGUUUACCUUUCUUUAGUUUUUUUUUUUUUUUACUUCAAGCUAAUAUCUUUGUGAAUUGGUAUACCAAGUUAAGUGAGUGAUGUUGAUUAAUUAUGUAAGGUGGGAUUAAUUAAUAGCGUGACGGAGGAAAGAGUGUAUUAAUUCUUCAUGUAUCUUGAAGGUUAUUGUGAGAUGCUCUUUGUUAAUUAAAUUUGGUAUAAAUGCAACUAUAUAGUAUGAUAAUUAAAAGGGUUUCACCACAGC